GACGGCAGCUCAGAGACGCGAAAUGGUCGUAGAAACGGUGACCAACAUGGAAGCAGCGGUUCUGGCUGUCCUACUUUUUUUGCUACUGGCAUUUAUUUCUGAUUGGAGAAAGAAAUAUGUACAGAGAGAUCACAACGUUCAAUCCAGCCUUCUUCACCACCUGCAUCAGUUUCUGCCUUGCUCCUCAUCCUCCUCCAUCCCAGGACCUCCCGGUCAUUUCCUAAUAGGCAAUAUGAAGGAGCUGACACACGACCACCUGCCCAUCCACCUGACCAACUUAGCAAAGCGCUACGGAAGCGUUUAUCGGCUCAGAUGUGGAAACACGACUAUGGUUGUACUAAACAGCAGUGACGUCAUCAAAGAAGCGCUGGUGAAGAAAUGGUCUGACUUUGCUGGCAGACCAGUCUCAUACACAGGCAACAUCGUGUCUGGAGGCGGGUUCUCCGUCUCUCUGGGGGACUACAGCGAGGAGUGGAAGGCGCACCGGCGUCUGGUCCACGGCGCCUUGCAGCGCUGCUGUCAGCAGUCUUUGCACCAGGUGAUCGAGAGGCAGGCUCUGCAUCUGCGGAAGGUCCUGAUGGACUACCAGGGCCGUGCCGUGGACCUCUCAGAGGAUUUCACAGUGGCAGCGAGUAAUGUCAUCACCACUUUGACUUUUGGGAAUGAAUACGACAAGAGCUCACCAGAACUGCAGCAGCUGCACAACUGCCUGAACCAGAUCGUUGCUCUGUGGGGUUCGUCGUGGAUUUCGGCUCUGGACUCCUUCCCGCUGCUCAGGAAACUGCCCAACCCCGUGUUCUCCCGUCUCCUGCAAGAAGUGGUCAAGAGGGAUGAGAUCAUAAAGCAACAUCUUAACAAUUACAAGUCACAAGCAAAACAGUCUGAGGUCGACAUCACAGGGUCUCUCCUCCAGAGCCUAGACAAACCUCCAAAGAAAGAGAAUGGAGUGCUCCUCACAGAUACUCACGUCCACAUGGCCACCGUCGACCUCCUCAUCGGGGGAACAGAAACCACCGCGGCCUGGCUGAACUGGACCGUGGCCUUCCUUCUGCACAGACCAGAGGUGCAGACCAGGGUGUAUGAGGAGCUGUGCACCGUGCUGCAGGGGCAGUACCCCAAGUACAGUGACCGACACAGACUCCCCGUCCUGUGCUCUUUGGUCAGUGAGGUGCUCAGGCUCAGACCGGUGGCUCCACUAGCGGUGCCGCACAGAGCCAUCAGAGACAGCAGUAUUGCAGGUUACUUUAUUCCUAAGAACACAGUCAUCAUUCCCAAUCUUUACGGAGCCCACCAUGAUCCAGCAGUUUGGGCCGAUCCAUACAGCUUCAGACCAGAGCGUUUUCUGGAAGGGGGAGGAGGCUCCACUCGAGGCCUGAUUCCCUUCGGAGGUGGGGCCCGACUCUGCCUGGGGGAGUCGGUUGCCAAGAUGGAGCUGUUUCUGUUCACUGGCUACUUGCUGAAGGACUUCCAGUUCGUCCCUCCAGGGAGUGAAGCCUCUCUUCCCGAUCUGAGAGGAGUCGCUAGUGUUGUUCUCAAGGUCAAGUCCUACACAGUUGUAGCACGUCCCAGAGCCACAACUAAUCCCUGAACUUAUUUUAAGCAAAUGAAUGGACAUGUAUUCAUAUUUGAGGCUUUCUCCUGUUUGUCUGCAUCUUGAAAAAAAAAUGUGUUAUUAGAUCAUAUAAUGUUUUUAAGUAAAGCAGUCAACGCUAAUAAAGUCAUAUUUAAACAAAGUGAUUUAGAAUAAGUUGUAAAAAUGGAAUCAAUGAUCAGACAGAAGAAUCAGAUAAAAUAAAUGUGGAAAUAAAUUAAAUGAAUGAA